GCGGGGUUGGGCGACUGACUAACCGCUCUCUUGGAGUCGUUUUGCGGCUUCUCAGACUCUCACUCUAGGUCUGCUCCGCUUGGCAGCCACCGAGUGCUGCCACACACACUGUCGGGAAUCCCGUGGCAGGUCCUUGAACAGAGUAAGAGUGGCCAAGUCCCCCUCUUUUGGAACCCCGUGGGUUUUUAAGCAACAGUUCUGAAGAGCAGCAGGGGAAAUUUGAGGUGAUGUCUUCUCCCAGACUUAUUCCCCUGUGGAAGGAUUUUAAAAGCCUUGUAAAUGACACUAUACAGAAAGGCAAGAAACCUUCAGCUGAUCCAAAGAAUGACCUAGUCGUGUUGAGUGACCGGUCUCAGGUGCUGUUCAAAGAAUCUCGCUAUCCUCAAAACAUGCCAUUUGUAAGCCAUUAUGUGAGUGACUCCUACUUCUUUGCUUCCCUUUCUUGGGUGACACCAUCCACAAAAGAAAUACAGGCUGUAGUAUGGAUGAAGAGCAAAACCGAAGACAUGGUUGAGAAAAGAACCUUUUCUAUGACUGAGCGACUGCCACCUAUUCAGACCAUGGUCCACACGGGUUCUUUUCACAUCCUUGUGGCCUACUGUGGCGACCUGUUUCUGAGACUCUUUGGGGACCAUUUUCGGGCAUUUAAGCCCCUAGGCAUAGUACCUUGCCGCUUCAACAUCAGCUGCCUUUGCUAUGACCCAGAAAUGAAGAUGCUUCUGUCUGGUGUCAUGGGGGCAGUCAUCACCUGGCUCAUUGAGCGAAGCGGCAAGGGCCUCCAAAUGCUCCACAUGGUUUCCAUGCCUAAUGAUGAGCUUAUCCAGGACAUCAUGCUGAAUGGCCCCAAUGGCUCCCUCAUAGCUCUCUGUGAAACUGUGGUAAGGGUCCUUGAGCGCCAGAGCCAGGGUAAGCUGGCAGAGAUAAAGAAGUUCACUUCCACGACAAGGGGCUCCUCCAUCACCUGCUGCUGCACCUGUUUCGAUCAGGGCCUUCUGUAUGCUGGACACAAGGCUGGCGAAAUACAAGUGUGGAACCUCAAUUGGGGUCAGUCCCUCCACAGUUUUAGGGCUCAUUCCUUAUCUGUGAUAUGUAUCCACAGUCGGCCAGAGGCCCACACCCUGCUAACAGCUGGAAAGGAAGGUUUAAUCAAAGAGUGGAACCUUACUUCAGGGAACCUACUUCGGCGGUUAGAACUGGGUGAGGAACUGCAUCGACUUCAGUUUAUUGAUAACACAACUUUUUUCUGCCAAACCAACCACAGUUUUUCCUUGCGUUGCCUGCCCUGUUUCUAUAGCCUCUUCAAUGUGUGUGGAUCCACUCCGCAGCAAGUGCGUCGGGUCCGCUGUGGAGAAAACUGGUAUCGGAUCCUGUGCACCACUGAGGAUGGUUUGUUACACUUUGUGUCCCCAAUAACAGGGAAUCUUUUGGUUCUCACCUGGCCCUUCUCAAUCCUGGAUCAAGCUGUGGAUUGGGCUUAUGACCCAGGUAAAGAGGAGCUCUUUGUGGCAACAGGCAGCUCAGAGGUUUUGGUAUUUGACACAACCCGUUGCCCUUGCCCAGCCAAGUAUCUCCUAGGCACCUCAUCAGAUUCCAAGGACUUUGUACAAUGCCUGGCUUAUGGACAUUUCCAUCUGGGCCGGGGACUAGAAGGACUAAUGUUCUCUGGGCACCAGAGUGGUGUAAUAAGAGUACUUUCUCAGCACAGCUGUGCCCGCAUAGAGAAAUUCAUGCACUUUGGGGCUGUAUUAUCACUCUCUACAAUGUCUGGAGGGAUUUUGGGAGGCCGAGAAAACUCUUUGCUCUGUUCCUAUGGAAUGGAUGACUAUGUACACCUAUCAGAAACUGUGCUUGAUGGGAUUAGAGUGCAACUGAGGCCACUGGCUAGCAUUCUCAGCAGCUGUCACCUUAAACACCUUAUCCUCUUGCCCAAGUCUGUGGGUGCCAUCACAGAGACUAACUGCCUGCGUCUCUGGAAGUUCCAUGAUUUUCUCUCCUCUGGGUCACAGGGGGGCUCAAAGUUCAUAGAGACCCUGCCUCUGCACCAGUGUUCAAUUAUGUCCUUUGAUGUUUGCCUGCCUUUGAGUGUCUUUGUUACAGGUGGUACUGAUGGCUCUGUCCGGAUUUGGGACUUUCAUGGUAGACUCAUAGCCAUGUUGGACUCAUCACUGCAUUUUGGCCCUAUCUGCUUUGCAAAUGACCGAGGGGACCUACUUGUAACUUUCAACCAGAGUCUUUAUCUGGUAUCCUGUUUAAAACUGUUUCCUCCCAACAUUCUGUCUUGCUUUUCCCUUAUGAGUAUAACAGAUGAAGUAGUAGAAACACCUAAACCUUUCAUACCAAGCUUCUUCUUCUCCUUUGAGAUCAUGUUUGUGCCCAAAUAUGUCUACCUUGGACAUGGGCAACAGGAAUUAGUAGGUCUGCAGAGCCUUGUCAAUAAGCGUGCCAUUGCCUUUGACCAUUCUGUGCCACAUGUGAUAGAAGAAGAUGAUGAAGGGAGUCCGGUAUUGCUGCGUACUCCCAAACAUGAUUCUACAGAAGGAGUAGCAGGUGAUUGGAAGCAGGUGAGCCAACCUCACCAACCCCAUUAUGUAGUCCCUCCCCAACUCCAGCUGACUACCUGGGAUGGACUCAAUCCCUAUCAGAUAUUGCGAUGCUACUUUGGUCAUGGGCGAGAAUGGCUUCUUGCCCCUGACUGCUACAUCCCCAACUCAGUGAUCCGUGCCCGUCUUUGGCCAGAGGGCAGCCCAAUAUUCUUACAGUGCAGCCUGCACGCUCCCCAGAGGGAACUGGAAUGGGACAAGCCUCCACAAUUUUUCUGGCAUAGCAGGGUAAGAGCUUUAAGUAAUGUAGAAUAUCCAGAGGAGAAGGAAGAUGAAGACUUCCUAGGCAGGAGAAUUUCCAAGGAGCCAACCUACAGUGUCCUUACAGACACAACGAACCGCAGUUGGCUGGGAAGAAAGAUGAGUGAAAUAGCUGUGAACAGUCUGAUUGAGACAAUCCUCAGUGUCAUGAUUCAUGCUUCGCCACUUAAGUACCAGUGCUGUGUUGGUGCCCUCCGCCAAAUCUUUGCCUCUUAUCAGGUAUCGCCUUCCCUGCGCUCUGAGACAGCCCAUCGGCUACUGGACGAUACAACGAAUUCCAACCCACAGAUUCGAGAACUGGCUUGGGAAGGGCUCAAGUGUUUAGGAAUGAUUACUCAUCUCUUUGCCUUGCCUCUGGCACAAGGAUUAAUGGACAAGGACCAAAGAGUGAGAACUAAGGCCCUGGGCUUAAUGGGUGACAUUGGAGUUCACUCAAAGGCCUCACUUUUAGAGGUGAUCCAGAAAAAAGAGACUUUCCGAGACAUGCAGAUGGAGAUGAUAGGGGAGGAAUCCCUGGACCAUCUGCUAGGGAUGCGGCCCACAGAUCUCCAAAUCCUUCAGGCUCAAGUGGAGCAGCGAUUGAAUGAGAACCUGACCUUGUCAGGAGAUAAAAAGCCUGAUUUCUCUUUAGAAGUCUCUAUGGCUAAUGAAGCUAUAUACCUUCCCACACAACUUCACACAGUUGGUGAAGAAUCUGGCAUGACCAUCAAGCCCAGCAAAGCCCCAAAACGGGGCCGAGGAAUAGGAAAAAAACAGACUCGGAAACUGUUGCGGAGUCUCAAGAAGAAAGAGGUAGACUUAAAACUGAUGAUCACAGAGCCCAUAGACAAAGAGGUUGAAAGUGAGCUGAGUGAAGCUGCACCAUUUGAGAUCCUGGAUGAUGCAUCCAUUCAUUCAAAAAUGGCUUCUGUCAGCAGUAUAAAGUUCUCAAGAGAGGCUGAAUCCUCAGAGGAAGAUGUCUCAAAGGAUCACGUUGCCUUGACAAUGAAGGUGCUAAGGAAAGUACAUGACAAAAAAGACAAGAAAGCAACAGUUCAAAAGCCAACAAAGGGGCACAAGAAGAAGAAAAAAGAAGACAAAGGUAUAAUCGAGGAAUCUCAGCCUACUUUGGUAGAAAGACAAAUUGUGAAAAAGGCUAAAGCUCAGGGACGGGGCGUGAGCGGAGUGCCUGGCUACAAGAGGCCCCAUGGACGUGGCUCAUCGUGGCGGGAUGACCUGUGUCGCCUUAUGGUCCUGAGGGUGUCUGAAUCCCAAACAAAACUGUCAGAAGCUUUAAACACUGAGCUAGUGACUAUGGCUAAGGAGAUCUUGGCAGAUCGGUUUCCCAGCUGGGAGCUCUUUCAGGAGCUAUGUCCCAUAUUGAAAAAAGAAAGCAAGGUUACAAUGGAGGAUCUUGACUGGGAUGUAAUCUGGCAAGAAGAGAAACCAAGGUUUAUUCAUGAAGAGAUCAUUAGUGAGGACAUAGUGAUCAGAGACAAGGAAGAGGAGCAAAAGAAAGAGGAGCAGAUGGAAGAAAGUGCCUUGCAGGAGGAAGCCAAGUUGAUUCGCAAAAAAGGCAAGAAAAAGAAACUUGUUUUUGUAGAACCAGGUGAUCUAACCAAAGGAAAACGAAAAUCAAAGAAAGAAGAAAAGAAAUCGUCUAAGGUGUCACCUAAACAGGAGAGGAAAGCAGUCCAGGAAGGGAGGAAGGCAGUCUGGGAAGAGGGGAAAGAAGUACAGGAAGAGGAGAGGGAAGUCAAGAAAGAGGGGAAAGAAGUCCAGAAAGAGAGGAAAGAAAUCCAGAAAGAGAGGAAAGAAGUCCAGAAAGAGAGGAAAGAAGUCCAGAAAGAGGAGAAGGAAGUCCCAAAAGAGGACAAGAAAUUCCAGAAAGAAGGGAAGGCAGGUAAAAGGAGGAGGGAAAUAACGGAACAAGAGGGAGAAAUGCAUAAGGAAAUGGAGGAAAUAGCUGUACCAGAAGAACUAGCUGAGGAAAAAGAAAGACCAAUGACAGUUAGAAGGAAACCCACUUUCCCUGAGUGGAAGAAUUUCUGGGAUCAAUGGAAAAAGGGCCAAAGUGAGAAGAUAUCCUUGGAUGAAUGGAGACGUCUUGAGAAAGAGGAGCAACAACAAGACAGGGAGGAAAUAUUCCCAGAAGAGGAGGAAACAAAGGAUAAGGAAAAGAAGAAGAAAUGGGACAAGUGGAAACGGACCUGGGAAGAUGUGUUUUCAUCCAGGCCCAAGGAUCAUAAAGGUGAAGAAAAGGAGCUGGAGAAAGAACUGUUUCAGAGAUGGAAAGAAAUGUCUAAGAAGUGGGAAGAAGAAGAGGAAGAGGAGGAGGAAGAGGAGGAGGAAGAAGAAGAAGAAGAGGAAGAAGAAGAAGAGGAAGAAGAAGAGGAAGAGGAAGAAAAACCAGCUACUGAAGAGCAGAGACAAAUCCAGGAACAACGCAAACUGGCCAUGAAAGAGAGAAAACAAGCCCGCGCUGCAAGAAGAUAUGCCAAAGAAGGGAGGAAACUAGCUCAACAAAAAGAGAAACUCGCACAAGAAGAAAGAAAAUUGGCCCAAGAAGAGAGAAAACUGGCCCGAGAGUUUUUGAAAACAAUCCAGGGAGAGGGAAAAGUGGCCCAGGAAGAGAGGAAGACCGCCCAGAAAGAGGAAAAGCUGGCCCAUAGACAAGUGAUGAUAAGCCAGGAAGCAGAGCGACUGGCCCAGAAAAUGAAGAGACUAGCAAAAAAAAUGGAGAAAGUGGCUCACAAGGAGGAGAAACUAGCAAAGAAAAGAGGUGAUGUGGCCAAGGCAAAAAUAGUAAUGGCCCAGAAACGUGAAACACUGUCCAAAAAGGAGAAAAUUCUGGCACAGCAAGAAAAGAAUUUGGCUGAGGAAAUGGAGCAAAUGGAAUGGGAAGCAGAAGAAAUGGCUUGGAAAGAACAGGGACUGAAUAGAGAAAAAGAAAAAGUGGCCAAGGAAAAGGAGAGACUGAUUCAGCAAGAGAAGACACUGAACAGGCAAGAAGAGAAACUGGCUAAGAAAGAGGAAAAAAUGAUCUUGGAAGAACAGCUGCUAAGAGAGGAAGAAGAGAAACUGGCCCAGGACAAGGGGAAAAGCCCUCAGGAUGUGGAAAAACUGGUCAAGAGAAGGGAACAGCUGAGUCAGAAUAAAGAGAAAUUGUUCAAGGAAAGGGAAAAAUUGACCCAAGACAGGAAAGAGCUCACCAUGAACAGGAACAUCAUGAUGCAGAAAGAAGAGAAUCUGGCUUGGGAAAAACAAAAUCUGGUUCAGGAUAAGGAAAGAUUGGUUCCGAGUAAAGGUAAUCUCCACCGUCUCAAAGAAAACCUCCUGAAGACCAGAGAGCAGUUAAUCCUGGCAAAGAAGAAUCUGGAAAUGUACACACAGAAACUUGCUCAGGCAGAGGAGAAGCUAAAGAAAGAAAGGGAGUCAGUGACCCAGAUGAAGGAGCAACUGAUUGAUACAGAGAAAAAACUGGCUCAGGGAGAGGGAAGUCUGGCUAAAAAGCAGGAGGAACUGGCCCAGGAAAAAAUGAAACUAGCUUUGGGGAAAACAUCCACAUUCCAAGAAAAGAAACUGCUCAGAGAUGAACUGAAUAUUGCUAACGAACAAAAAGCCUUACACAAGGAAAUGAAGAAAGUGGCCCAAGAGAAGUUGAGACUGACUAAGCAAAUGGAAAUUCUGUUGAAGGGAGGAAUUCAAAAACCCUCAGGACAGAAAAAACCAUCUGAGGAGGAAAUAAAUCUAAUUAAAAGGAAAUUGUCACAAGAAGAGAAAAUACUGACCUAUCAAGAUAGGAUAUUGGCCACAGAGGAGAAAAAUGUUGCCAAGGGGACACUGGAGUUUACCAGAGGACAGAGAAUGUAUGCCCAAGAAGAAAGGAAGUUAGCCAAAGCAGUAAGGGAGAUGGCUAAAGAGAAAGGUGACAUUUCUAAGGAACCAACAAAAGGUGGCACUUCAAAAGCCUUAAAGGCACUUCAAAAAGUAGUCAGUGAUGAAAGAAAGCUAGCCCAGCAAGAAUUAAAAAUGGCAAAGAUAAAGAGGUCACUUUUUGUUAAGGAGAACACAUUGAACAAGGAACAAGAUAGACUUGAUGCCAAAGAAUGGGAUUUUUCCAUGGAUCAAGCAGAGAUGACCAAAAAAGAGAAAAAACUGGCCCAAAAGCAGAGAAAACUGACCAAGGAAAUAAGAAAAAUGAUAAGCCAGGAGAAAAAAUUCACUGAGGAAGAAAACAGGUUGGCCAAGGAACACAGUGAAGUUCUUCAGGAGGGGGAGGAGGAAGAAGGAUUCAUGGAAGAACAAGAGGAAGAAGAAAAAGGAGAGGAGGAGGCAAUCCAAAUCCUUAAAAGAAGGCAGAGAAAGAGAAGACAGCUACAAGGAGUUGCUACAACAAAGGGAAAGAUCUCCAGUGAAGAGGAUGAGUUAGGAAUCGAAGAGAGCUUCUCUAAGGAAAUGGAAAGACUGUUAGGUGAAGUAGAGCCAGAGAGUUCCUCUGAGGAGGAGAAGGAGGAACAGGAAGAGGAGGAAGAGGAAGAAGAGGAGAAGGGGGAGGAGGAAGAAGAGAAGGAAGAGGAAGAAGAGGAAGAAGAGGAGGAAGAGGAGGAAGAAGAGGAACAGAAGAAACGAAAGAAAAAGGAGCAGCAAGAAGACAAAUUAUUUGAGAAGGAAGAAAUGUCUGAGGAGGAAGAAAGUGUGAGUGAGCAUGAGAUGGAAACUUUAGAUGUAAUAAAAGAAGAGGAAGAAGAGGAUAAAAGUUCACUGGAGGAAGGGGUACACAAAGAGAAGGAGACCCUAAAAAGGGAAAAACUACUUAAGUUACCAGAAGAAAGUGGAAUGGUCGUAAGGGGACGAGAAACAGUCCCUUCUAUCGGACAAAGAGUCCCUGAGGUAAAAGGUACUGCUCUAAAAGUGGAAAUUCUGAAAAGCCCUUUCAAGAAACCUAUUUCAGUGGAUUUAGAGAUGGGAAGGAAGAUGUCAUCACCACUACCAGUGAAACAAACAUUCUGGGAAGACAAGGGCACAGAACUCGAGGCACCCAUGACAUUCUCAAGGAUCAAGUUUUUGGACAAAGAAAGACAACUGUUGGAAGAAUAUAAACCUGCACCUCUGCAUGUUUUGGAUACAAUUUUGGAGCCCUAUGAUGAGGGUUUAAAGACACCACUCAUGACCCAGAUACUUAGGAAGACCAUGGAAACUCAGAAACUCCAACACAAACCACCAGGUUCCAGGAGAAAGUGGCUUUUGCGACAUCGUCCAUCCCUGACAGUACAGCCUAAAGGAAAAUUGCCUUUUUCCAAAAUCUUGGCUGAGGAACAGCUUCCAGAGGUAAGUAUCUCGGAUGCACAGUGGGUCCACCACGUGCUAGAGCAGAUGGAAGCAGGAGAGCAGCUUCCCAGGGAUAGUUUUCACAGAUUGUGUCAGCUCCUCAAAGACCUUACCUCAAAGGGAAGCUUAGAGUGGCUGCAUCUGGCCAAACUGGAAGCCAUCGUGUACCAUCACAUGCAGGCCAUGGAGUCACGAAGCACGGGGAUCUUAAAACCUAGUAAGGGGUUCCUAAGUCCAAAACAUCCCAAGGUAAUCCCUCCUAUCAAAGGAAAGGAAAGGGAGGGUUGGCCAAAACCUUUAGAUGUCCUGACAUCAAAACCCCAACUAGCUACUAAGAGGAUAUUUGAUCCAAAAGCUCUCAACUGGCAUCUUCUAGGAGAACCCUACAGAAGUGAGCGAGCACAAGAGCUAUCUGACGCUGUUAAAGAGAUGGAUGUACAACAUUUUUAUCCGGCCACAAGAGACACUCUUCCAAGCCCCUAUACCUCUGUGGAAAAACAAACACUAGCACUGAUGUUUCAAAAGGACUUUUGGGAUCUGAAGGACAAGGGCAAGUUGCCCAAGUUGCCCAAGUUGGAGAGGAAGCCACAGCCCAUCUUACAUAAAAAGGAAGAGCUGCCUCUCUGGGAGACAUUUGUGGCACUAUACUACGUGUUGCGGAUGCUGCAGCAGCGAUAUGCCCAGGACACUGCUGCCUGGAUGGAACAGUUCAAUCAACUCAUGGACCUGUACCAACUCAAGUCUCCCCGAAUCCGGAAGCUGUUACAGGACCUGCUACUGACAGAGGAACCUCAGACUCAAGAGAUCACCUACAAAGAGGCACUAAACACCACAGAUCUAGUUCCUGGGGAGCGGUUAUUUUAUCACCUGUUUUGUAGCAGCUCUCGUGUCCCUAGAAACCCUCCAGAGUUCCAGGAUGUGAUACCCCUUCCUGGACAGAACAAUGUCAGAACAAUCCAUGCCAUGGGUAUUGCCCACUAUGGGAUCUUGGAACUUGCCUGGAAGAGCCUGCCCCAAGCUGAUAUUCAUCUAAACAAAGAAUUGCCCCACAUCAUUGCUCCUACUCCCUGAUUUCAGACUCACCAGUAGGAGCUCCAGUGGCACAAUCAGUGCACAGUACUUAUACAGGCUGACCAGAAAAUAGGAUUUUUUUCAUUUCUGACUCAAGAAUGGUCACCAGAAUCUAGACUUUCCUCUCUAGGGCCCACAUCACAGUGGGACCAGGUCAAAGCCCUUUCUCUACCCUACUCUGGAAACUGGUUUCUAUAUGUGGAAUAAACUAGAGGUUCUUGCUUGCAACAAGCACUUUUAUGUAUCUCUUAUCCCCAAAUCCUGAUCCUCAGGAUGUAGCUGUGGAAACCAGAUACAUAUUCCUGAGAGCAGGAAAACUUCCUAAAAGUUAGUGGUGUUCAUCCUGUCAAGGCCUUGAGGCAGAAGAGUCUACCCUUGUCUUCUGAGAAUUCCUAUUCACCUCAGAGGCCAAGGACAAUGAGAUCUUUGCAUCUCAAAGUUCCCUCUGCCAUAUCAAACUACAUUUCAAGCCACACGGAAUAUGAGAGAGCUGAGGUC